UGAGCUCACGAGCAACUGAAGAACUCCUUUCCAAGCAAAAGACCGCAGUAAACAGAUUAAUUCGUCUGUUUUAAGUCAGAAAGCUGCAGAGAUUGAACCUUUCAGUUAAGAAUAUGAGGCAGGAGAUAUUUUGCGAUGGCAAGGCAAAUCAGAGAAAUGUCCUGUACAAGUAGUGAUUAAGCGGUGCAGACUAAAUUUCUCGAGUCAGAAAUCCACUGACAGCACUGUCUCCAGUGUACGCCACUAAUUGCGCAUCAUAUCUUCUUCACACAGCGCAGAAAUGAAGAUUGUCUCCACUGUGGGAUGUGCAAUGCUUCUCGUGGUUUUGAGUUUUGGCCGAGCAUCAUCAAUACCGCAUGAUCGACUAAAUGAUACAGAUUUGACAGCAGAAGGCAAAGGAGAGAGGUCCGCCGUGUUAACACCAAGAUUAAUUCUAGUGAAAAAUUUGGUACAAAGAGUGACAGGUCUCAGUGACACUGAUGUUCUUGGUGUUUACAACUACGGUUGCUGGUGUGGUCCACGAGGACAAGGAAAAGUCGUGGAUAACUUUGAUUACUGUUGCAAAGUCCAUGAUUUUUGUGAGAACGAACUCCAAGACCAUGACAAGUGUGGUGGUAAUCUAGAUAACAUGAACAGAAACUUCAAGUACGAUACGAAUACCUACAGAUGUUGUUGA